ACCAAAUUCAACAUAUCUGUGGUCCGGGCUCCGUGCCAUUUGCUCAUGCAUGGAUUCGAGGCAUUCGAAGCUAAUACAUCGAUUCGCGACCGUUCCACCGUUCUUCCCUUAGCAUGGGCACAGCUAAACCGCGUCCGUCUGGUGGCAGAGCUUCCGUCGCCAAAGCCCAGACCCUUCAAGCUCUGCCGGAUAAAACUUUCAUUGUCGACAAUGGCGCAUAUACACUGAAAGCAGGAUAUGCGCCGGAAAACCCACCCCCUGAGGAUGAAGUACAGGCGCUUUCGGCGUGCGCUACGAUCCCCAAUACGAUUGUGAAGACACGUGGAAACCGCAUAUACGUCGGCUCGCAACUCAACACACAUGUGACCGACUGGAACGAGAUGUUCUUUCGUCGACCGGUAGAGAAGGGAUAUAUCGUCAACUGGGAAGCCCAGAGAGAGAUCUGGGAGCACUCGUUCUUCGACGAGAAGACGGCGCGAAGCAAGGAGCUGCGCAUCACCGACCCGGAAGACACCACCUUGGUGCUGACGGAGGCGCCCAAUGCGUUGCCCGUCCUGCAAAAGAACGCCGACGAGAUUGUGAUGGAGGAGUGGGGCUUUGGAGGUUAUUACAGGAGCUUAGGGCCGCCGUUGAAUGCUUGGAACCAGUUGAACACUGUCUUCGGAGAUCCGAUUGUGCAAGAGGCGGAAUCUGUUGUGUCUCCAAGAGAAUGUUUACUGGUCAUCGACUCCGGCUACUCCCACACCACGGUGACGCCUGUCUACCGAGGCCAACCGCUUCAACGUGCCAUACGCAGACUCGACCUGGGCGGCAAACAUCUUACAAAUUAUUUGAAGGAGAUGGUGUCCGUGCGGCAAUAUAACAUGGUGGAUGAAACCUAUAUCAUGAAUGAGGUUAAAGAGGCUGUUUGCUACGUGAGCAACAACUUCGUUGGCGACUUAGAGCAGACCUGGAAAGGCAAUCGGAAGCGUGACCUCCCUGAUUCGAAAGAGGGCGUCGCAGUAGACUAUGUCCUUCCGGACCCCAACGCGGGAAACAAGGGCUUCAUGCGACCACACGAUCCAUUACUGAACGCUAAGAAGAGGAAAGGAGCGCUGUCCGGUGCCAGCGCUGAGGCACUAUCCGAAGAUGCCCUGGUCUUGGGCAACGAGCGGUUUACUGUCCCGGAAGUUUUGUUUACGCCCAGUGAUAUUGGCAUGAAACAGGCCGGGAUCCCGGACAUCGUUCUGCAGAGUCUUUCUGUAUUGCCUACCGGGUUGCACCCGGCCUUCUUGGCCAACGUCCUGGUUGUUGGCGGGAAUACAUUACUGCCGGGGUUUAUGGGGAGACUGGAGGCCGAGCUGCGCCAACUGGCAUCCGCUGAAUGUGUUGUGAGGGUGCGAAGCCCUCAAGACCCAAUUCGAUCCACUUGGCUGGGGGCAUCGCGACUGGCCACCAAUCGAGAAGAGUUCAAGAAGAUCGCUAUCACUCGUCAGGAAUACCAAGAGUAUGGUUCCUCCUGGGCUGGUCGGAAGUUUGCUGGUGCAUUAUAACCGGUCGGGGGAGUUCAAGGUUUAAUGCGCGAUUGGCGUCUUCGGAGGGUUGAGCUGCAGCCUUUUGGUUUGUUAUUCUAGGCUGGCACCUGUAUUGUGUAGUAGCUAUGUGUCCUUGAUACCC